CUGAAGUUGGUCGAUUUUUAUUUUUUUUUGCGAUAAAAAAUAUUUUUAAAAAAAUAUGAAGAGUAUUUGGGAGACUCUUGAAUCAGCUAAGCCAAAUAGCUCAUUUAAACAAUCCACAACGAAAAAAUAUCCAAAUUGUGACGAAAGUGUGUGGUUACGCUCGUGCGAAAAAGAAGUCCUUGAACCGAUUAAAGGUAAAGUAACGGGCGUCAUUCCUUCUUGGUUAAAUGGACAAUUGUUGAGAAAUGGUCCGGGAAGUCUCAAAGUUGGCGAAAUGGAAUUUAAUCAUUUGUUCGAUAGCUCCGCGCUUUUACAUCGAUUCGGGAUUCAAAAUGGCGAAGUAACGUACCAAUGUAAAUUUUUGGAGACGAAUUCUUUUAAAAGGAAUCAAACAGCGCAAAGAAUUGUCAUGACAGAAUUUGGAACAAAAGCAAUUCCUGAUCCGUGUCAUAAUAUUUUUAAUCGAGUUUCUACGAUGUUCAAACCGGGCGAAAACAGUAGCGAUAAUGCGAUGAUCUCCAUUUAUCCGUUUAACGAUGAAUAUUUUGCAUUUGCUGAAUCUCCUUUUAUUUUCAAAAUCGAUCCAAAAUCGUUGGAAACGUUAAAAAGAGUGAAUUUGUUUGAUAAAUUAGGAAUUGUGAACCAUACAUCGCAUCCUCAUGUUUUGAAAGAUGGCACUGUUUUUAACAUUGGAAUGAUACCACACAAAACAGGACCUCGUUACGUUAUACUUUGUUUCCCGAAAGGAGAGAAAAUUUUUGAUGAAGCAAGAAUUGUCGCAAGUAUUCCAGCAAGAUUUAAAUUCAAUCCAUCUUACAUGCAUACGUUUGGAUUGACAGAAAAUUUCUUUUUAAUUGUUGAACAACCUUUGACAGUUUCAGUUUCGAAAGUUUUUAAAACUCAUUUAAUGAAUGAGCCUUUGAUCUCUUGCAUGAAAUGGUUUCCUGAAAAACAAACAUUUAUUCAUGUAAUUAGUCGAAAAACGGGAAAAUUAUGUUACACAUUUCAAACAGAAUCGUUUUUCUAUCUUCAUAUAAUUAAUUCGUAUGAGAGUGAAAAUCAUAUUGUUCUCGAUAUUUGUUGUUAUAAAGACCCGAGUAUGAUAAAUUGUAUGUAUGUGACGUCAUUAAAGAACAUGCAACGAAAUGACGAUUACGCAAAAAUGUUCAGAGGAAGACCAUUGAGAUUUAUUUUACCUUUACUCGAACCUGAAACCAAAAAACCAAAAUCUCCCAUAAAACUUUAUCAAAAAGUCCCGAAGCCCUCAUCAAACUGGAGCAAAAUCAUCUCGAAACUCUUCAAAACAAAAAAAAUCAGUGACGUUACCAAAUUCGAAGGCGUACGAGAAUUCCAUCGAACAAAAAGACCGAAAGCUGAAAAUAAGGAAAUCGAAGCUUUGCUAUCGGAAAACUUGAUAAAACUUCAGGGAACAAAAUGUACCGCUGUUAAACUCGCUGAUGGAAAAAUUUUCUGUCGUCCUGAAAUUUUGUGCGAUUUGGGAUGCGAAACGCCGCGAAUAAAUUACGAAAACUUUUUGGGAAUGAAAUAUCGAUAUUUUUAUGCAAUUAGCAGCGAUGUCGAUGUUGAUAAUCCGGGAACGUUGAUAAAAGUUGACACAAUUACAAAAACUUGUAGGACAUGGUGCGAAAAAAAUUGUUAUCCGAGUGAACCGAUUUUUGUUCCUUCGAUUGAUUCGAAUAGCGAAGAUGACGGCGUUGUACUUGCAUCUAUGGUUUGGGGAAGAAAUGAACCAAAUAAAGUCGGAUUAUUGAUUCUUUGUGCAAAAACUUUUAAGGAAAUCGGAAGAAGUGUAUUUAUUACUCCGAGUCCCGUGCCGAAAUGUUUACAUGGAUGGUUUGCGCCAAAAAAUUAAAUUAAAAAUGUCAAAAGGUUUAAAAUUAAAUUUA